AUGGUUUCCUUCAAGAACAUCCUCCUUUUCGCUGGUCUCGCCAUGGCUGCUCCCACCCCUGAUAGCGAGAAGUCUUUGACCAAGCGCUUCAAUGGCGGUUGGUGUGGUGUCCAUAUCCACCUCUUCAACGGCGAAAACCCACAAGGUUCACACGAGAUGAAUGUUUUUGUCUAUGAUGGCAAGCAGCAGCUUGUCUGGUCAAAGGAGAGCAUCUGGGGUAACGGCAUUUUGAUGACCGAGAGCGAGAAUCUGCCUGCGGUUCUUAACAUUAACACAUAUGGCGGUGGUGCUCUUGCCACCUUCACCUACGGCGACCAGGAUUGGGAUUCUAAUGAGGAGCCUCGCUGCUCCGUCGGAGCUUGGGACGGCCCUUCAUUUGGCUCCAGCACUCAGACCCUUGAAAUGGACUGUGGUUUCUCUUGCUGA